AUGUCAAAUCUUGCUACUACAUCAAUGACACUUGAUUGUUCAAAUUCAAAUAUUAACAUACAUGAAUUAAAGCAAUCUGUUGUAAACAAAGUUUUUAUUAAUGUUCAAUCAAAACAACCAAAUUCAUGCACAUGUCUUUGUCCACUAAGUUAUUAUGGAAAUCAAUGUCAAUUUCAAAAUCAACAUCUCAGUUUAGCUAUCAAAUUUCAUGUUUCAGGUCAAUUAAGACAAAUUCCUUUUAUUAUCUUAAUUUAA